UUGGAGGAAGUGGUUUUUUUUUUACUUUCCGGCAAGAGGUUGUUCGUUCCAGGUGCGUGGAGCAUAAGACAGGUAACAGUGUGCUGGAGCUGAUGGGGGACGAAAAGGACACCUGGAAAGUAAAGACGCUGGACGAAAUCCUUCAAGAAAAGAAACGCAGGAAAGAGCAGGAAGAGAAGUCAGACGGCAAGCGGCAGAAGAACGCGGAUGAACGUGAUUCCAAGCGGGACUCUUUGGAGGAAGGUGAGCUGCGGGAUCACAGAAUGGAAAUAACGAUCCGGAACUCCCCAUACAGGCGGGAAGACUCCACUGAAGACAGAGGGGAGGAAGAUGAAUCCCUGGCCAUCAAACCACCACAGCAAGUAGCCAGGAAGGAGAAAUCGCACCACAGGAAGGAGGAGAAGAGGAAGGACAAGAGACGGCAUCGCAGCCAUUCAGCCGACGGAGCCGGCAAACACAUGAGGGUGAAGGAGAAGGAGAAGGAGAGGGAGAACGAGCGGCGGAAGAGGCAGCAGAGGGAGGAGCAGGACAAGGCUCGGCGGGAGUGGGAGAGGCAGAAGCGCAGGGAGAUGGCCAGGGCUCACUCCCGGCGGGAGAGGUGCGCCUCUUACUUUGAGGACAGGCUGGAGCAGCUGGAGCGCCAGCGGGAGAGGGAGAGGAAGAUGAGGGAGCAGCAGCAGAAGGAACAGAGGGAGCAGAAGGAACGGGAGAGGAGGGCGGAGGAGCGGCGCAAGGAACGCGAGGUCCGGAGAGAAGUUGCGUCCCAUCACCGCGGGGUGAAGGAGGAGUACGGAGAGAAGCCGAAACAGAGCCACCGCAGCCGCAGCCCCGCCCGGCCCCAGCGGGACAGACUGGAGCAGGCCGAGACCCGCAGGAUCGCAGUGAGAGAGCAGCGGCAGGAGAACAGGGACCUGCUGUCUGACCUGCAGGACGUCAGUGACAGUGAGAGGAAGACCAGCACAGCAGAGUCCUCCUCAGGUUCUGGGACAGGGUCUGAGGAAGAAGAGGAAGAAGAGACGAGCAGUGAGACUGAAGUGGAGGAGGAAGAGUCGGGGACUAACACAGAGGGAUCUGAGCAGAGUGCAGAUGAGGUGAGCGAAGAAGAGCAGUCGGAGGAGGAGUAUGAGGAGGAGAGAGAGAAUGGAAACCAUGUCCCUGCAGUGCCGGAGUCGCGAUUCGACCACGACACGGAGGAGAGCGUGGAGGAGGAGGAAGAGGAGGAGGUGGAGGAGGCGGAGCCCAGCCCGCACUCCCAUUCCCACUCCUCCACCCCGGAGGAGAACUACAUCCCCGACUCCCCGCCCAUGUCCCCCGUGGAGCUGAAGAAGGAGCUGCCCAAGUACCUGCCUGCGCUCCAGGGGUGCCGCAGUGUAGAAGAAUUCCAGUGUUUAAACAGAAUUGAAGAGGGGACCUAUGGAGUGGUGUACAGAGCCAAGGAUAAAAAGACAGAUGAGAUCGUGGCUCUGAAGAGGCUGAAAAUGGAGAAGGAAAAGGAAGGGUUUCCCAUCACCUCUCUCCGAGAGAUCAACACGAUCCUCAAGGCUCAGCACCCCAAUAUUGUCACCGUCAGAGAGAUUGUGGUCGGAAGUAACAUGGAUAAGAUUUACAUCGUCAUGAAUUAUGUAGAGCAUGACCUGAAGAGCCUGAUGGAGACCAUGAAGCAGCCUUUCUUACCAGGUGAAGUGAAAACCUUGAUGAUUCAGCUCCUGCGAGGGGUCCGGCAUCUCCAUGACAACUGGAUCCUGCACCGUGACCUCAAGACCUCCAACCUGUUGCUAAGCCACAAAGGAAUCCUGAAGGUGGGGGAUUUCGGGCUGGCACGCGAGUACGGCUCGCCCCUCAAGCCCUACACCCCCGUGGUGGUGACCCUGUGGUACCGAGCGCCAGAGCUGCUGCUGGGAGCCAAGGAAUAUUCCACGACGAUUGACAUGUGGUCAGUGGGCUGUAUAUUCGGUGAGCUGCUGACCCAGAAGCCACUUUUCCCUGGAAAAUCUGAAAUUGACCAGAUCAACAAGGUUUUUAAGGAUCUGGGUACACCAAGUGAAAAGAUCUGGCCAGGGUACAACGAGCUACCAGCAGUAAAGAAAAUGUCAUUUACCGAAUAUCCCUACAACAAUCUACGCAAGAGGUUCGGGGCUCUGCUGUCCGACCAGGGCUUCGACCUCAUGAACAAGUUCCUCACCUACUGUCCGAGCAAGAGGAUCACGGCCGAGGAGGCGCUGAAGCACGAAUAUUUCCGGGAGACACCCCUGCCCAUCGAGCCCUCCAUGUUCCCCACGUGGCCCGCGAAGAGCGAGCAGCAGAGGGUGAAGAGGGGCACCAGCCCCCGGCCCCCAGAGGGGGGGCUGGGCUACAGCCAGCUGGGCGAUGACGACUUGAAAGACACGGGUUUCCACCUGACCACCACCAACCAGGGAGCCUCUGCUGCCGGGCCUGGCUUCAGCCUCAAGUUCUGACCCCCCAUUUGGCCCCAGGGCCAACCUGCAGGCCCCGGAGAAGUCAGGGACCCUGGGGUUCAUGUGGGCUCUCGCAGCAGCACGCGGCUGGGACUCUUGUUUGCGAGAGACAGCUGAGGACAGAGCUGGAGCUGUGCGGGCGAGAACCCUGUACUGUAUCGCCGUACUGUGGCAGCUGACAGACGACGCGGUCCGGGAGAGCGCUGCUGUUUCAGGAAACGCCCCUCUGUGGCGAACUGGAUUUCUGGGCAAGGAAAGGAGGAAAGUGCGGACCAGAGACAACUUGCAGAAGCAUUCGUGGUGAUAACGUAUAGGAGGGAACUCAUUUGUUUUACUUUUUUUUUUAACCGAGUUGUUGUCCCACGCAGUAGAUGACGCUGAUGGAAAAAAUAUAUUUUUUCACAAGUCAUUUUUUUUUUUCCCUCUCCAAUCUCCGAAGAUCAAGCUCGGAUGGCGUUUUAUCGAAGGAGAAAAAAAGCUUAGUGGACCGUAACCUGCUUGGGGCUGCUCCUUGAAGUUUUAUUCCAGCCUUCCAGAAGCGUUCUGCUACCGUGUUCAUUUCUUUCUGGCACUGGGCAAAAUGCUCAGUAAGGGAGGUUGUUGCUUUCAUAUGUCACUCUCCAGGCUCGUACUGUGACAUGUAAUAGACUGUCAAACUGGGUGACUGUCUCAGCUCCCAGAGACUGAUGUAUGGAACUUUUUUUUUAACUGAAACUAUUAAAAGAAUUUUAGAAACUC